GGUUAUUUCCGGGUUAUUUCCGGUUCUCUGGUGAUCAGCACGCGUGUGGAAACAAACUGCAGUUUUUCCUCCAGAAAGCAGAAACCGAACAAACCGACAGAAACUCGCCGCGGAGGUUUAAUCACAGCUGCGGACAGAAGGAGACUUCCCGCCGCCGCCAUCAUGGGUCCGCCUCGCUCGAAGAAGCGGCGGCCGACGUUCCGCCGCCUGCUGAAGACGAGCGGCGUGAAGCUGGAGAACAAGCUGAAGAACCGUCAGCUGAAGCAGCAGAACGUCGCCAAGAAGCAACGCAAAGAGCAGAAGAGGCUUAGACAGGCGGUGAAGGACGCCGCCAUCAGGACGCCCCGCCCACUGGAGACGUACAGGAAGAGACCCGAGGAAGAGGAGGAUGAGGAAGAGUUUCUGGAGACUCUGCCGACAGACAUGAUGGAGGACGGCGACCUGCAGCAGAUGACCACGAUGGCUCGCCAAGCGUCCUUCAUCACCAGAGACCUGUCGUCAUGCGGGCCGGUGCACGGCGGGAAGAAGCGGAGGUCAGAGGUCGUGCGGAGUUACGAGAAGGUUCCCAGGAAGAUGGCGAAGACGGAGGAGAAGGAGGUCAUCCACCUGCUGCCAAUCAAAGACAAGACAGGCGUCAUCCCACAGAGCGUGGAGAGAGUUAAAAAGCAGCAAGAAGAAGAAGAAGAGGAGGAGGAGGAGGAGGAGGAGGAAGCCGCUGAGCAGACGGAGGAGAUGGAAGACGAGGCGGCGCUGCAGAGCGCUGCAGAGCUGACGGAGGAGCAGAGAGAGCAGCUGCGAGCGCAGAAGAUCCACGAGAAGAAGCUCCACAUCGCCGCGCUGGCGUCCGCCGUCGUCUCCGACCCGUCCAGCAACAUCAAGCGUGUGAAGGAGCUGCGUGGUCUGCUGAUGGAGUCUGACCCGUGUGUGGCGGUGACGGUCAGGAAGCUGGUGAUGGUUUCUCUGAUGGAGAUCUUCAAAGACAUCACGCCCACCUACAGGAUCCGACCUCUGACCCCCGCAGAGAAGGCCGCCAAGGUGAAGAAAGACACGCAGCAGCUCCGAGAGUUCGAGGAAGGUUUGGUCAGUCAGUACAAGUUCUACCUGGAGGACCUGGAGCAGACCAUCAAUGACUGGAAGCAGCAGAAGAAGAAGCGCAGUCAGGCCGUCGGCUUCUCGUCGUAUCUCGGUCUCGCUGAAGUCGCUGUUCGCUGUCUGUGUGAGCUGCUGCUUGCUCUGCCGCACUUCAACUUCCACAACAACAUCAUCGUCAUCCUCGUGCCGCUGAUGAACGACCCCGUCACCAAGGUGUCAGGCAUGUGCUGUGAUGCGUUCAGGAAGCUCUUCCAGCAGGACAAACUGGGCGGGGCCUCACUGGCGACUGUGCGGGUCAUCUCCGGCCUCGUCAAGCGUCUCAACUACAACGUCAGACCCGAGGUGCUCAGGACGCUGCUGAGUCUCAGGAUUAAGGAGGUGGAGAUGAAGAAGGACAUCGAAGCCACAGCACCAAAGAAGAAGUUCAUGAACAACAAAGAGAGGAAGAAGAACCUGUCCAGGAUGCAGAGGAAGUGGAAGAAGGCGGAGGAGAAGCUGGAGAAAGAGCUGCUGGAGGCCGAAGCUUCAGAGAGCAAAGACAAGAAAAUCAAACUGCACACAGAGACUCUGAACAUCGUCUUCCUCGUUUACUUCAGGAUUUUAAAGAAAGCUCAGAAGUCUGUUCUCCUCCCUGCUGUGCUGGAGGGACUCGCCAGGUUUGCUCACCUCAUCAACCUGGAGUUCUUUGACGACCUGCUCAACGUGCUGCAGACCCUCAUCCAAUCAGGAGAUCUGACCAAUCGGGAGAGUCUGCACUGCAUCCAGACCGUCUUCACCAUCCUGUCAGGACAAGGUGACGUUCUGAACAUCGACCCCCUCAACUUCUACUCUCAGCUGUACAAGAUGCUGCCGACGCUGCACGCAGGGAAGCCCAAUGAUGACAUCAUCAUCGUGCUGCGAUGCCUGGAUGCCAUGCUGACGCGCCGCAGGAAGCAGGUGACCCUGCAGAGGGCGAUAGCGUUUGUCAAACGGCUGAGCACGCUCAGUCUGCACGUGCUGCCCAACGCCAGCGUGGGAAUCCUCGCCGCCAACAGAGCUGCCGUGCACUCCUUCCCUAAGUGUGACUUCCUGUUGGAUAACGAGGUUCAGGGCAGCGGCUUCUACCUGCCGGAGCUCGACGAACCUGAACACUGCAACGCUCAGAACACAGCACUGUGGGAGCUACACACACUGCAGAGGCAUUACCAUCCGGUCGUGCGGCGGUUUGCGGUUCAUCUGAGUGUCGGAGCUCCAAGUGAAGGAUCGGCGGCGCUCGGCGCGGAUCUGAGCCGCAGGUCGCCAGUGGAGCUGUUUGAUGAUUACAGUGUCAGAGACAUGACCUUUAACCCCGCUGUAGCAGCACCCAGCACCAAGAAGAAGGAUCAUUUCACAGUCGGAGCGACGCUGCUGGACGCUGAGCUGCAGCGCCGAGCCGAGAACAUCCUGACCGUCACCGAGGAGACGGAGCUGGACUUUACUACAACACACACACCUGACACACACUGACACACACCUAACACACACACUGACACACACUAACACACACACACCUGA